AGCCGUAGAGCCUUGGCUGCCCCUGGGUCGUCUCUCCCGCCAGUCUCCCUUCCGCGCGAUGGCCUCGGCGCUCAGCUAUGUCUCCAAGUUCAAGUCCUUCGUGAUUUUGUUCUUCACCCCGCUCCUGCUGCUGCCACUCAUCAUUCUUAUACCCGGCAAGGUUGUCAGGUGUGCCUAUGUCAUCAUUCUCAUGGCCGUCUACUGGUGCACAGAUGUCAUCCCAGUGGCUGUCACCUCCCUCCUGCCUGUCUUGCUCUUCCCACUUUUGCAGAUACUGGACUCCAAGCAGGUGUGUGUUCAGUACAUGAAGGACACCAAUAUGCUGUUCCUGGGCAGCCUCAUUGUAGCCGUGGCCGUGGAGCGUUGGAACCUGCACAAGAGAAUUGCCCUACGUGUGCUGCUCUGGGUGGGGACCAAGCCCGCGCGGCUGAUGCUGGGCUUCAUGAGUGUCACAGCCUUCUUGUCCAUGUGGAUCAGCAACACAGCCACUACGGCCAUGAUGGUGCCCAUUGUGGAAGCCAUGAUGCAGCAGAUGGAAGCCACAAGCACAGCCACCAGGGCUUGUAGGAAGAGACCAGAGCCAGUGGACAAGGGCAAGGCCAUUGAGCUGCCAGGAAGCACAGUGGUUUUUGAAGACCCCACCAUGCAAAGGCAGGAAGACCGAGACAAGAAGAACAUGUACAAGGCUAUGAACCUGUGUGUGUGCUACGCGGCCAGCAUCGGGGGGACAGCCACCUUGACCGGGACAGGACCCAAUGUGGUGCUCCUGGGCCAAAUGCAGGAGUUGUUUCCUGACAGCAAAGACCUCUUGAACUUUGCCUCUUGGUUUGGAUUUGCCUUCCCCAACAUGCUGAUAAUGCUGCUGCUCUCCUGGCUGUGGCUCCAGUGCUUUUACAUGAGAUUCAACUUUAAAAAGUCCUGUGUCUGCUGUGGGGCCAAGAAGAAGAAUGGCGAGAAGGCUGCCUACCAGGUUCUGCUGGAGGAGUACCAGAAGCUGGGGCCCUUGUCCUUUGCCGAGGUCAAUGUACUCAUCUGCUUCCUCCUCCUCAUUGGCCUGUGGUUCUCCCGCGACCCUGGCUUCAUGCCUGGCUGGCUGUCCAUAGCCUGGGAGGAUGAAAAAACCAAGUAUGCCUCUGAUGCCACGGUGGCCAUCUUUGUGGCCAUCUUGCUAUUUAUUAUGCCUUCACAGAAGCCCAAGUUCAACUUCUGUAGCCAGACUGAGGAAGAAAGGACAGCUUCAUUUUAUCCCCCAGCACUACUGGACUGGAAGAUGACUCAAGAGAAGGUGCCCUGGGGCAUUGUGCUGCUCCUGGGGGGAGGAUUUGCUCUGGCAAAAGGAUGCGAGGCCUCAGGGCUCUCAGAGUGGAUGGGGAACCAGAUGGAGCCCUUAAGCUCAGUGCACCCUGCGGCUAUCACAUUGAUCCUGUCCUUUCUUGUUGCUGCGUCCACUGAGUGCACCAGCAACGUGGCCACCACCACCCUGUUCCUGCCUAUCUUUGCCUCCAUGUCUCGUUCCAUCGGCCUCAACCCGCUGUACGUCAUGAUCCCCUGUACCCUGAGUGCAUCCUUUGCCUUCAUGUUGCCAGUGGCCACCCCACCUAAUGCCAUCGUGUUUGCUUAUGGACACCUCAAGGUUUCUGACAUGAUAAAAACAGGAGCUGUGAUGAACAUAAUUGGAGUCUUGUGUGUGUUUUUAUCGGUCAACACCUGGGGCCGGGUCAUGUUUGAUUUGGAUCAUUUCCCUGACUGGGCUAAUGACACAUAUAUUAAGACUUAAGAAGAGCCACAAGAGCACCUGAAUAAUUCCUGCCCUUCUGAAGACUAUAAACCUUCUGGUACACCUGGUACAUCCCAGGGUCACCCAGUGAUGCCCACACCCCAAGAAGACCCAGCCAAUGGGCUACCUCUUCCUCCAGGCUUGGAUUCAGAGAUGAUGAAGACAGGUUCAGAAGUGAAGAAAGCCCUUUUGAGAGGAUGUGGGGCCUAUCUUCCCCUGGACUCAGCCGUCAUCUCUGGGACAGGCAAGGAAGAGAGAGACCAGGACUCAGGCUCCUGUACUAUGUGGCCUUGAGAGGCCAUCCUAGUGGCCCCUUGCUGAACUCUUAUCUUCACCUGCCUAGUUCCUGGUAACUACCUGAGGAUUGGAUUCCCAGAAUGGGAGCUAAGAAAAUAGCCUGUCAGUUCAUCUGCCUCUUCUGGCUGUCCCAGAUCCCUUUUUUUCUCUGUCACUCUUAAGGGGACCAUCCAACCAGGACAGGACAUCUGGUCUUGGGCAGCCUCCAACUGCCAGACAGACAGUGGGAGUCGGAGGCUUCUGGAGACUUGGACCCUUGUGCGGCGCUACCAGAGGAUGAGCCAAUUGAGGUGCUGGCAGCACAAUAGUCCUGCCUCCCUCACACAGCUCACCCUUGGCUGACCUGUCCCUUCCUUGCCUUGUUCCACGGUCAUUGACAAUUUGGACCUCUUUCCCAUCAACUACUAGGUCCCUUUGUCGUCUGGGCCAGCAGCUCAGGGACCUUCAGGGUUAUCCCCUGUUCUGCCAGGGAGCUCAGUUUGGAUCUGUGAGAUACUUUCCUUGCCAGCUUCUCACAGCUGGGAUCACACUCCAAGGAUAGGCAGUGUGGCUUUUUGUUGGGCACAGUGAGGUAUCUAGGCCCUCCCUCAUCUAGGCCCAGAGUGGACACAACUGUCAAUUUCUAUAGACUAGGCCACCUCAGAGUUUAUCUGUCCUGCUGAAGUUGGAACUCAUGUGGGAUAUCCUUCCUCUGGUUGGCUGUCUGCUGCAGCCAGACCUGGUGGCAAUAGAGCAUGGCUGAGAAUGAGCACUGUUUUCUGGUGCCUGAGCAGGCCUGCCCUGCUGGGAAAGAACUGACCUCAAAAGGUCCUGGGCAGGACUCCAGAGUGGCUGUGGAAUCCUGCAGGACCUCCCGUGAGAGAAGGGGACAGGAGAGCAAGCUUUCUGUUGUCCUUCAAUGAUACUCCCUUCCCUGCUUGCUUUGCUGGGGGAGAGAAUAGCAGAUAGAUGAAGUCCACAGCUAGCAUUUUUCUGAACAAGAGACAGUAUGAGGACCUAAGGAAAGGCCCAGCAAAGACCAAAUGUGUGUCUGGUUCCUUGGGAGGGAUGAGUCCUGACCACACUCUUGGGCCCUUGAGCUUGUCAAAUUCUGCCUGCUAUGGAAAGUUCCAGUGUUGACUGGUCUCUGGUUUUGCACCUUAUGAGGGAGACUCCCUGUCUUCCUCAUGUCCUCUUCCUAGUCCUAGUGAGUCUACUUGUUAUCUUAUUCCAUCUUUGUAGCUGCCCUUUGAGACCAGCAUGUUGUGAUCCUUGCUUGUCCUUAAAGAAACACAAGACUUUGAUUGACCAAGGAAUGGGUCCUAAGUUACAUAUCCAGUUAGCGGCACUUCUGGUUCCAAUAAAGACAGGGCUCUUGCUUUGAAUUCACUGCUCUGUUCCUCUAGCCAUAAAGAGCCUUGGCCUUAGAGUUUAUAGGGAAAGUGGGAUGGCCUAGAACCAGCCCAUCCCAAGGUCCUGCAUGCCCAGAGAAGAUCACUAAACAUGAGUCCUUUUUGUUUACUCUGCUGAGAUGGGCUGAGGUAGUGUUGACUCAGACAAAGCUAAUCUUUGUCCUAAGACUUGAGGCAUUUGCUUAGGAAGAUCAGUAUAGAAAUGGCAACUUCCUCCCCUGACCAUUGUCAUGCUGAUGGUCUUCUUGCCUUCCCAUCUUGCUGCUCUUAACAGCCUCACUAGAACUAAGGGCUUUGACUGCUGUUGGGGCUAGAGUUAGCACUGUGGCUGGUCCAGAACAAGUCACCAUGAGUGUGGACCAUACAUACAUGAUCUGUGGGAAUAGUGGGCACACCCUUGGUAAAGCAAGCCAGAUCAGUACAGUAAAAAGCAUUCCAGGUGGACACUGAAAGAAAAGUAGAAUAGCCAGAGAUGAGAGAAGGAUUUGGUGGGGUGGUUAGAAGAUUCUAGUAGACACCAUCUGACUGAGGACUUAAAGGAAGCUUCUGGAAAAGGCUGACCCAAGGCUCUCUCUAAAUGUCUCUUGCAGUUGGUAGAGUUGCACUGUCAUGCAGCUUGUGUUAACAGGGAAUGCUUUCCACUGUAAAUAACAGAAAACCCAGUGCACACUAUAUACGCCAGAGGGCCAUUUGAUGUUUACAGAGGUGUGGAGGUAGAUGACUUACUAACUCACUUAGGACAUCAAGGGCUUGGGCUUCUUGGCCUGCUGUUUUCCUCAGGGGAUCACACUGUGACCUUCAUGCUGGAACCUCAGGCCACAUACACAUCUGUGCUCCAGGAAGGAAGAAAGGGUGCAAGAUGGGGGCCUGAAGAUGCCAAAGUACAUCUUUCUCUCCCUCCCUCCCUC